GUUUGUUCCCGUGUUCGCCGUACAUCAUGUGCGCCAUUCUCCGAAGAUGAAAUUUUCCUUGUACGCAUUUUUCCAUGUACGGUUUUUUUCGGGUCACCGUUGCUCGAAAGCGUCACAGAUGAUGCCACAAGGGAGAGUUUUGCCUGUCUCCUCAAGUACCAAGGGAGCACAAAGCACUAGGAAUCUUGUCAUGUAUUCGUUGCCAAUUAUAACCACUUUCCAAAAAGACUUCAAAAUCCAUGGCAGACUCAUUACUUUGUUCAGCACUGGUGUCACCUUUAAAGUGAAAUUUGAUAUGACCGACUGUUUCGUACGGGCAUACUAGUGUCAGUUCAUUGAAGUCAUCCAUACAUGUCUACGUUUUUUGCCUCUUCAUAGGCCAUCUAACUGCUCCUACCAAAGAUUAUCAAGUCAUCACUGUAAAGAACCGCGAAAAUCGGCACUUUUGGAUAACUAAUGAGUAGGAGGAUAU